AUGGCUCAGUCCGCAACCCCUACCACCACGACUGGAAGCAGCAGUAGCCUGGGUCCCGCUCCACCCUAUGACUCACUCUCCACCCGACAUCUCCACCGACUGCCGACGAACAGAGGCCCACGCUCCACCCGAAGAGGCGAAACCCCACCGGAAAAAGCCAAGAGAGUUUUGUCGUGGGCGAGCCGGGCGGUCAAGGACGACCCCUGGCCGUGCUACGACGCUGCUGAGGAAGGCGAUCCGCCGAAUUUGAAGCGAAAGACGAUGGGAUUUGGAGACGAUGGGAUUUGGGGGAGCCACGCCUGGGUGUCGUUUGAUGGCAAAGGCCGGACACAGCUGGCGCCUGGGGAUGCGCUUGUCUGCAGUAUGGCCCCAUGGCCCGUCCCCACAGCCUGCCAGGUGGACUCCACCUGCGAUUUCCUACGCAGCAUACACGAUGGACUCCACUGGAACUUGAGGAAGACUCAGUCCUCAGACGGCCCUCGUGAUCCUUAA